AUGGAGGCAGGUUCUGGAAAGGGGAACAGUUAAAUUUGUAAUUUUGGUUGUGUGAAACACUUCUUUGGGCCUCAUAAACAACCACAGAACCACAAGUUGGGUACAGAGGCAGUCACACAAGAGCGGGUCCGGGAUAUUGGUCAGCAGGCAGGGCGAAUCGUUUUGACUGCAAACCACAGAGUUUCGUAGAGUGGUAGAAGAAAUCAUAUAUUCCUUCACUGUAAAGAGAGAGUGAGUUUUAAAGAGGAAACAAUGGCUUCAAACAGCAUAUUUGAGUCACUUCCUUCUUACCAGCACUUCUUGAGAGAUACCAGCACCAGCCGCCGCUUCACGCCGCCCUCCACCACGCUGAGCCCGGGGAAGAUGACCGAGCCGCUGCCGCUGCCCGGCGCCGAGCACAGCGGCGCCCUGCCGGGGAAGCUGCGCAGCGCCGACCGCAGCAUGGUGGAGGUCCUGGCGGAUCACCCCGGGGAGCUGGUGCGCACCGACAGCCCCAACUUCCUCUGCUCCGUGCUGCCCACCCACUGGCGCUGCAACAAGACGCUGCCCAUCGCCUUCAAGGUGGUGGCCUUGGGAGACGUGCCCGAUGGGACGCUGGUAACAGUGAUGGCUGGGAACGAUGAAAACUACUCUGCAGAACUCAGAAACGCCACAGCUGCCAUGAAAAACCAAGUAGCAAGGUUCAACGACCUCCGAUUCGUGGGUAGAAGUGGAAGAGGGAAGAGCUUCACACUGACUAUCACGGUCUUCACAAAUCCGCCACAAGUAGCCACAUACCACAGAGCCAUCAAGAUAACAGUGGACGGACCUCGUGAACCCAGAAGACAUCGUCAGAAAAUAGAUGAGCAGACAAAGCCCGGGAGCUUGUCCUUUUCAGAGCGCCUGAGUGAACUGGAGCAGUUGCGUCGUACAGCCAUGAGGGUCAGCCCACACCACCCAGCCCCCACACCCAACCCACGAGCCUCCUUGAACCACACCACUGCUUUUAACCCUCAGCCUCAGAGUCAGAUUCAGGACACAAGGCAAGUACAGCCAUCUCCACCAUGGUCCUACGACCAGUCCUACCAGUACCUGGGCUCCAUUGCCACCCCCUCCGUGCACCCCGCCACGCCAAUAUCACCCGGCAGGGCUAGUGGCAUGACAUCCCUCACUGCAGAGCUUUCAAGCCGGCUGUCAAGUGCUUCUGACUUGACUGCAUUCAGUGACCCCCGGGUGGGAAUCGACCGCUCCUUCUCCGCACUCCCCUCCAUCUCUGACCCUCGGAUGCACUACCCAGGAGCGUUCACCUACACGCCGACGCCCGUCAGUUCAGGGAUAGGAAUCGGUAUGUCUGCCAUGUCCACAGCCACGAGAUACCACACUUACCUCCCACCUCCCUACCCCGGCUCAUCGCAGGCUCAGGGCAGCCCGUUCCAGACCACCUCGCCCUCCUACCACCUCUACUACGGAACCUCUGCCGGCUCCUAUCAGUUCUCCAUGAUCUCGGGGGGAGACCGGUCCCCCCCACGCAUCCACCCCCCCUGCACCAACGCCUCCACGGGAUCGACACUCCUCAACCCCAACCUACCCAACCAAAGUGAUGUGGUCGAGGCAGAAGGGAGCCACAGCAACUCUCCCACUAACAUGGCAACCACAGCAAGGCUAGAGGAAGCGGUGUGGCGACCAUACUGAAUGAAUUUUAAGUAGUUAUGGGUCAGGACUAAUGUGCUUUCCGUUUCCCGGUGCCCAUAGGUAUCCCAUAAACACCCGUCUUGCUUAUGGGCCCUGCCAUGUUCAUACAUCACUUUCAGAAGCAAACCCUCCAGAAGUCAGCGCUCCCAGGAGUGGUGGCGUGUAUUAGCCAGCCCCUGGCGAAGCGACGUCGCUCCAGCAAAGCAUCCCUCGCAGGGGGCUGAGCUUCUGGAAAGGAGGACGCCUGAGUUGGUGGUCCGGAGGUAGCGAGGGUGGGUAGAAAAGUACCCAGUCUGUUUCCAGGCCUGUGGCUUUCUAACGUGCCUGGGCUUGAAGGUCUCCACAGCCCUAAAGAGAGUUUUGGUUCACUUCUAUUUUUAAGACUUAAAAUCUAAAACAAACUUAGUGAGUUUACUGCAUCUUAUGGACAUAUUAACUGUAAGGAAGUAUAGGAAGAUUCCCAGAGGGAAACUGUGAACGCUUCUGUUUUAGCAAUGCUGUGAAUGAGAGGUUUUAUAUGUUGGACUUCAUUCUUUCUUUUUUUUUUUUUUUAACCAUGUUGUAUAUUCCAAAGAAUAUGGAAUUUUUUAUUGCUGGGGUUUUUUUGUUUUGUUUUGGGUUUGUUUUUUUGGUUUUUUUUUUAGGAUGCAGCUCAUCCUGCUUUGCAUCUAAUUUGUUUUAUUUCUCUUGGCACCUUAUAAAUUGCAAAAAAAAAAGAUUUUGCUCUUUUUUUUGUUUUAAUCAUGCUUGCUUCUUUCUUGCUUUGUCAACUGAAAGAAUCAGCCCCUUUUUCAAUGAGUUAAUUUAACUUUUUCCUCUUGGACUUUUUUUUUAAUACAACGGCUACAGCCUUGGGUCAUUUUCAACUACUGUACUACUUUGAUGAGUUCAUUGAUAUUUAUGCUUGAUAUUUAGACUUUUCUUAUUUGUUGAUACUAUUAUUAUUUAAAUAUGCCUAUAUUAAAAAAGAUCAGCAAUUGCCUUUUUUGGUAGCAGCCAAAGUCAAAUUUAUCACAUUGAAAAAGGCUGGAAUAACGAUGGGUAAAGUGACAUCCUAAUUACCUAGAAAUAUUGUUUACAAUUAUCUCACUCUUAUUUUACUCAGCUAACUGGGCUCAGAUCCUCAAAGGAAUUUAGGUGCCCAACUCCCGCUGAAAUUAUUUAGGCACCAAAAUCCCUGUGAAUUUCUGUGCCUUCCCAUCCAGUGGAGUCAUCUCUCCCUACUCCUUCCUCGCUUUUCCUUCAUCACCAGUGGUGACCCUCAGGAUCAGUAAUCAGGAUGUACAUAUUUCGUAAGGCAGACUAAAUAUUCCCUAACUAAAUACAUCCCUAUAUGGCCCCAUUCUGCUCCUGAGCUUGCCUGGGCUUCCUAACAGCACCGGUAGAGGCCUCCUAGUCUUUCAAAAGUGAAAGCCAACACACAGUUAGCAUGGCAAGGGUGAAGCCCUGGCUCCGAUGGAAUCGGUGUGAGAUUUGCUCCCAGCUCAGCGGAGCCAAGAUUUCUGCGCAGUACAAAAGCCACGUUCCAGUGCGCUGGAAAAUAGAUCAGUUCACGCAUCACAAAAUAACUUGAACUGAACAGGCUUGUCAAGCUCAUCUGGAAAGCAGGCUAGCAAAGAAGGGGCCUUAAUGGUUCUCCUGUCACUGUCUUCUGAGAGAAGAGGAAGAGUAUUUAAAACUGGUGCAUACAAUAUUCUGUCCUGUAGCAAAUAUGCAAGGCUUAUACUAACAGCAUUUUUAAUACAGAGUCGUCAUCGUUGCCCAUCGUUACAGCACAAACAUAUCAGAUGUCACUGUAAAGUUUAUGGCACUAUUUUAUUUGAGGGUUUGGUCUGAAUGCAGUUGUUGUACUACUCAUUAAUUACAAACUGCUGAUGUUGACACGUGUGAGUUCCAAAUUAGCUGAUUAUUAUUUAAUGUACCUCUUAAAUGAGUGAAACAAUUGCAGGUCAACUCAGAGAGUAUUUGAAAGCAGGACUUCAGAUCAGUGUUUGAUGUUUAAAAAAAAUUAAAAGGAUUCAAGUUAAAAAGAUCCUUGGCUGCAGGCAGCAAAACAGCUGGACUUAUUUAAAACCAUUUGUUUUUCAAUUUUUCUUUUUUUUAAUAUGAUUUUGCUUCUUUGUUUAAGUCAGAUGCAGUAGCACUUUGGUAUUGAAAAGUUACAAACUGAAGAAUUUACAUUGUCAAUAAGGUCAUUUUUGUGCAGAAAAUAGGGAGUGUUUCAAGAGAUCUCAGCAAAAGUUCAAAAUGUUUCUGUUAAAAUACUUGCAUGGCCUUGUGCUUUUCAUUUAGUAUAAUAUUCUUUAUCAUUUUCUAGAGUUUGCUCUGAACAAAAAAGGCAGGAAACAUCAAAGUUAUAUCUGAACAGUUAAAAAUAUAUUUUGGAAGUAUGGAGACCUUGCUGAAUACAGAAAUACAGAGACCCUACCUAUUGUGACAUUUACAUAGUUGGAAUCUCACCUCUUCAGUAGCCUAAAAAAAAGUCCUUCAUCACUAAACAGUAGCUCUGUUGCAGAAUCCAUCUUACACAUUCUCUGUCACUGUGCAAUUAAAUCAUCAUUUACUACAGCUCUCACAUCUGCCUUGUGACUGGACCACCCAAGUGCAUAGUACUGUGAGUGUGAACCCAGAAGUGAGGGAGAGGAGAGGACCUCAGAGGAGCCAGGUGCCUCACCGCAGAGGGCAGGGCUGCCGUGGCUGGGUGACUUCAGCCCAGUGGCAGAAGGGAGGUUGAUGUGGGCAGUAUGCUCCCAGGCCUGUCUGUCACCACAGCCCGCUUUCUGCUAAAGCCCUGUGCCCCUUUUAGCCCAUAGUAUUGUACUACCCACUUUUGAAACUUAAAGAUCAGGGAUUCACAGGAACGGGGAGUUGGCAUUUCUUAGCCUGGAGAUUAGAGCCUACGUUGAAUAUUUGUUAUGUCCAUACAUCUACUUUCUUUACACUUGUCCUAAAGGUGAAGUUUAAUUUUACUCUCCCUGGUGUGAACAGGAUGAGAAACUGCAGAACUGGUCACCACACUUACCCUGUGUCUUUACUGACACGUAACAAAACCCUGGGCUUUCCCAGUGUCCCACUUGUGAUAAUUGCCAGCAACUGCACUUCUGAGUCUGACCUCCCUGUGUAUGUCAAGCACAGAACACAGCAGCAUCCUCUUUACAGAGGAAAAGCUAAGUUCAUUGUCCCUUGUAAUUAGUCUGUUUAAUCACUGUAGGUUUCAGUGUAUUCACACUAGUGCUUAUAAGAAACCACAGUUUACUCAAAUCUAUAGUUUUGUAGUGAUCCCCGGUCCCGCUAAGGACAGCAAAGAUCUUCAAGGCUGUAAAAAUGCUCUCAUGUUAUUCCUCUUGUAUCUUAAGAGCAAUUAGCACGCAGAAAGAGGACAUUUGGAUAAAACAUUCCCCCCAUUCACACAUCUCCAAAUUACAGUGUAUGAGUAUAUUUUUUUAUAUAUCUAUAAAAUACACAUAUAUUUAUAUAGUUUUAUCAUCCCGGUAGCUGAAUGGAAUAAAAAAAGAACUGUUGUGCUUCUGUUCACAAGUUGCAGUCAGCAGAGUGCCUUAGACAUCAUCCCCUACUGAAAUACAGUUAAUGGCAGUCCUUACUAUCAGCUUGUGUGUUCCUUUCACAAGACACAACUCGUUGUCCAGAUGCAGCCAUAUCAAACAACUUCAAAGUAAAUAUAGGGCCUGGCUCUCACUUGCUCUAAGGCCCAUUACUUUGCUCUCAAACAACAUUUAUGCUCACUUCAAGAGUUCCUGCUACGCUUCCAGGGCAAUGUACAGGAGCUUUAGUACAAGGGGGAGGCGGAUGCAGCGUGCAUCCCUGCUACGAAGGAUUUGAUUUGUAGAAUUAUGCCAAAUUAUCUGCUGGAAAGGACAAAACCCCUUUCCUCCGAAUGGCCCACAGUCUUUGUCAGAGUGUUCCGAAUUGCCUGCACUCUUGAAACAUUCAUUACUGCUUUCUGGGUGACCUUUUCCAUUGGUGUAUUUGAAGAUUCAGGAGAAGUGGAUCAUUCUUCUAUUUGAGCAAAACGCUUGUUUUCCUGCAUCGUAAUAUUUUCGUAUUUUAUUUUUGUUAACCUUGCUUGGUCAGUACCGAUCACUUGGCAUUUUUCUCUUUGUCCUAAAAGGGUUGCAUCAUCAGAGUUACUUGUAUUUAUGUAUGUAAAUAGAUUUCAAAAGCUUCAUAGCAAAAUAUUUAGUGCUUGUAAUUACUCGGCAUUUUUUUCAUUUUUCUGUGUUUUUAAUGAACUUACCUUUGUGUUUGCUUAAAUACUGUAGUGAGACUUGUUUCUUUCGGAAUUAGUUAUUUUAGGCUUCAAGAUUAACUACAUUUUAUUCACUUUUGUAAACAGUUAUAGCAUGGUCUCUGUUCAACAUUCUUCACUUUUUUGUGGUAGGGGAGAAAUGAAUGUGCAAAAAUCUGUGGGUUAUUUGUGGUAUUCUGGGUUUGACAGUUACAUCUUUCUUUAAAACAAAAACUAAACUUUCAGUCUGAGGUGGCCGUAUGGCAAGUCUGAGAGGAGGACACAGUGGGAGACACACUCCUAUCAGAAUGGCAUCAAAGUGUAUUUGUUCAGCAUUUACUGGCUAUGUUUACAAAACAGAUGCUGCAGCAUCCUGCAACAGUCACAUUUUCCCUUGACACUGUCAUGCUGAACAUUUCCAGAAGGGGAAACUACCAGGUUCUGGAAGUUUGCUUUUUUGUUUUUGAUUGCAGGGGAUUUUUCUUUUGGGGGGGUGGGAAGGGAGAGGGGGCUGCUGUUUUUUUGGAACCAGAUGGGAAAAGAGAAUAGAGUAGUUUUUUCCCCCACUACAGGAAGUCUCUAGAUACCACGUCAGAGUAGACUCUUGCUGUACAUAGGGAUGGCUGUGUCCAGCGCCACGGGAGAAUUCAUUACAACUAGCACACAGAGCAGCUGGACUGCUGCGUUAGUUCUAAUGAAGACUUUCCUUCUUACUUUCUUUCUUUCUUUCUUUCUUUCUUUGUACCACAGUUUCCUCUGUAAAUUCAGUAUCAUAAUUAGUGUGAAUGACAAAUAAAAUGUUUGACAAGUA